CCCCUUUUCUUUUCCUUUCCCCUCCCCUCCCCUUCCUCCUCCUCCUCCCCUCUCUACCGACAGCGUAGCCGGGGCUCGGGUUCGCUCCCUCCCCACCUUCCCUCCCCUCGAGCUGCUGCCGCGGUAGGGACCUGGAGAGAGGCGCCGCCUCCGCCGCCACACACGGAGACAUGUACCCGGGAGCCACCUCCGCCGGACCCGUGCUUGCACCUCCUCCACCGUUGCCACCACCAAUACAGGGAUAUGCCUUUAAACCCCCUCCUCGACCAGAUUUUGGCACUUCUGGGAGAACAAUCAAACUGCAGGCCAACUUCUUUGAAAUGGACAUUCCCAAAAUAGAUAUCUACCAUUAUGAAUUGGAUAUAAAGCCAGAAAAAUGUCCUAGAAGAGUUAAUAGAGAAAUAGUGGAGCAUAUGGUUCAGCACUUUAAAACCCAGAUUUUUGGGGAUCGCAAACCAGUGUUUGAUGGAAGAAAAAACCUUUACACAGCUAUGCCACUUCCCAUUGGGAGAGAUAAACAGGUGGAGCUGGAGGUCACACUACCAGGAGAAGGAAAGGACAGAAUAUUUAAGGUGGCCAUAAAAUGGAUGUCCUGUGUGAGUUUGCAGGCUUUACAUGAUGCUCUUUCUGGUCGGCUGCCAAGUGUCCCGUUUGAAACCAUCCAGGCACUGGAUGUAGUGAUGAGGCACUUGCCUUCCAUGAGAUAUACUCCUGUGGGGAGAUCUUUUUUUACAGCAUCAGAAGGGUGCUCAAAUCCAUUGGGUGGUGGCAGAGAAGUUUGGUUUGGCUUCCAUCAAUCAGUCAGACCUUCAUUAUGGAAAAUGAUGUUAAAUAUUGAUGUAUCUGCAACUGCAUUUUACAAAGCACAGCCAGUCAUCGAGUUUGUAUGUGAAGUUUUGGACUUCAAAAGUAUUGAAGAACAACAAAAACCUCUGACAGAUUCCCAAAGGGUAAAGUUUACCAAAGAAAUAAAAGGUCUAAAGGUGGAGAUAACACACUGUGGACAAAUGAAAAGAAAAUACAGAGUGUGUAAUGUCACCAGACGACCAGCAAGUCACCAAACAUUCCCACUUCAGCAGGAGAAUGGACAAACAGUUGAAUGCACUGUAGCUCAGUAUUUUAAGGACAGGCACAAAUUAGUUUUACGUUAUCCUCAUCUUCCAUGUUUACAAGUUGGACAGGAGCAGAAACACACAUACCUUCCUCUUGAGGUGUGCAACAUAGUGGCAGGACAAAGAUGCAUAAAGAAACUCACUGACAAUCAAACUUCCACUAUGAUUCGAGCAACUGCCAGAUCAGCACCUGAUCGUCAAGAAGAGAUUAGCAAAUUGAUGCGGAGUGCAAGUUUUAAUACUGACCCCUAUGUCCGUGAAUUUGGAAUAAUGGUCAAAGAUGAGAUGACAGAUGUGACUGGCAGAGUCCUACAGCCUCCUUCAAUCCUCUAUGGAGGCAGGAACAAAGCAAUUGCAACGCCAGUUCAAGGAGUCUGGGACAUGAGGAAUAAACAGUUUCACACUGGAAUUGAAAUAAAGGUUUGGGCAAUCGCAUGCUUUGCUCCCCAGCGCCAGUGCACUGAAGUUCAUCUUAAGACCUUUACAGAACAACUACGAAAGAUCUCCAGGGAUGCAGGAAUGCCAAUCCAGGGGCAGCCGUGCUUCUGUAAAUACGCGCAGGGAGCGGACAGUGUGGAGCCCAUGUUCAGACAUCUCAAGAACACUUACACUGGGCUGCAGCUUGUUGUAGUCAUUUUACCAGGAAAAACACCUGUCUAUGCGGAAGUGAAGCGUGUUGGGGACACGGUGCUGGGAAUGGCUACACAGUGUGUGCAGAUGAAAAAUGUGCAAAGAACCACACCACAAACCCUGUCUAACCUCUGCUUAAAAAUAAAUGUCAAAUUAGGAGGCGUAAAUAAUAUUUUAUUGCCACAGGGAAGACCACCAGUAUUUCAACAGCCUGUUAUAUUCCUUGGUGCAGAUGUAACCCAUCCACCUGCUGGAGAUGGAAAAAAACCUUCCAUUGCUGCAGUUGUAGGAAGCAUGGAUGCUCAUCCUAAUCGAUACUGUGCCACUGUUCGGGUCCAGCAGCACCGCCAAGAAAUCAUCCAAGAUUUGGCUGCCAUGGUCAGGGAGCUGCUUAUUCAGUUCUACAAAUCAACCAGAUUUAAACCAACUCGUAUAAUCUUCUACAGAGACGGCGUUUCUGAGGGGCAGUUUCAACAGGUUCUCCAUCACGAGUUGCUGGCUAUCAGAGAAGCAUGCAUUAAACUAGAGAAGGAUUACCAGCCCGGAAUUACCUUUAUAGUUGUGCAGAAAAGGCAUCACACAAGACUCUUCUGUACAGAUAAAAAUGAACGGGUUGGAAAAAGUGGAAACAUUCCAGCUGGUACCACAGUGGACACAAAAAUCACCCACCCAUCAGAGUUUGACUUUUACCUGUGCAGUCAUGCUGGUAUUCAGGGAACAAGCAGACCUUCUCAUUACCAUGUCCUCUGGGAUGACAAUCGUUUCUCCUCAGACGAACUGCAGAUCCUUACCUACCAGCUGUGUCAUACGUAUGUACGCUGUACCCGUUCUGUUUCCAUCCCUGCACCAGCAUACUAUGCACACCUGGUUGCCUUCAGAGCCAGGUACCAUCUGGUGGAUAAAGAACACGAUAGUGCUGAAGGAAGCCACACUUCGGGGCAGAGUAAUGGCAGAGAUCACCAAGCACUUGCUAAAGCAGUUCAGGUUCAUCAGGACACCUUGCGCACUAUGUACUUUGCUUGACAUGUUUUAAUGUUUAGCAACUCAGUACAACACAGAGUUGGAUUCACACGAGACCAGCUGCACUUAGACCAACUGUUGCCCAAGCUCCAGUGACAGCCAGCAAUGAGUGAUGCAUCUUAAUUUUUUCUUUUUUUUCUUUCCCAUUUGCAAGAAAGCCUUCCGUCCAGAAUUUCAGACUUGAUUAUGAACUUCAUUCUUGUACCAAACCCCUCUAUUGUUGGAAAUGUGGUUUGCCAAAAAAAAAAAAAAAUCUCUAAGCUGCUUGGUAUAAAACAGACCCAUAUUUUAUAAUUAAAUCAAGAGCUGUGAUCUCAGGGCUUAGGGGAAAAAAGCCAAACAAAAAACCCCAAGCAAACAAAAAAAAUCAACCCACAAACUUUCUCAUUCAUUUUGCUCUUCAUUGAAUUGCUUUUAAUAAUUUGGAAAGAUCUGAUUCAUACUAAAGUUUGAUGGGCUAAAAUGCUGUGAAUUAGCUUUUAAUACAAAGUAAAGGAAGCAUUUUUUGACUAUUUAUGAAGCCUUGAUUAUACUAGAUGCAUUUACAAAAUUUUUAUUUUCAAAAGAAUAGAGUUACAAAAUUCUGGUUUCCAACUGUCUUAUAAAGAUUAUUCUCUGUGUGUCUAAGGGCAAAUGUAUUUUCUGAAUCUUGUUCUUGAAUGUUUUUUAUUGUGCUGCAUUUGAAAAUGUUUUUCAUAGGCUAAAGAAGAAUUUUAAAAAAUAAUGAACUUGUACCUAAGCUUUUAAUAGGUCCAGUUAGAUUGGCAAAAGAAAAUGUGCCAUUUAAAAAAAAAAAAUUGUAAAGAAUUUUUUAAAAUCAUACUGACAGCUAACUUUAGAAUUUGUCAUACAGGACUGUGACACUUACUUUCCAAAGUCUCUAAAGAAUACGGGUCUGUGGUGAUAAAUACAGUACAAUCCUUUUUCACUGUUGUUUGAGUUAAUGUAAAUUUUAUAUAUGUUUCACAGUAUUAAUGUGAUAGACUAGAUGCUAUUAUUUAUUUUUAUUUACUAAGGAGUGCUCAUUAUACUUCUGUUAACAUAUCAAGAAUGCUUUGGAUUUAGAAAUUAAAACCUCAUGGUGGGGACAUUACUAUUCAAAUGCAAAAAUAUGCAAUUGACUUUAAUGUGAGAGUUGAGAGAUACCUACAGUGUAUAUCAUAUAGCUUGUACUUUGUAGAAAGACUUUUUAAGCAUGCACACAGCAUAGCAGGUUUUACCUCUGCAGUUCAGAGACGCACAUGAGACCAACAUUCUACAUUCAUUCAAGCACAAAACAAUUGUUUUUUAUUUAUAUGUUGAAUAUUGGUGAAGCAGGAGCUCUAGUAGAGGAGAGUAGCUCACUGUAAUCUAGACUAAAGUCAGAGAAUCUAUGCAGUAAAGAUAAAUCUUAGGAAACUGAAGUUUACUUAUGAAGAGAGGUAAAACUCCCUUCAUUAUGCAUAAGGUCAAUAGUAAAUGUGAGAGUUUUGCCAUUCUCUUAGGAGAAAAAAACUGAUAAUUAUUAACAAAUGCUUCUGUUAGUUUGCACACUGGUUUCAUAAAAAAAAAAAACAUAAUACAUACAUAAACCAUUGCACUAAUGAUGAUGCCACAAGCAGGUUUAGAAGAAAAUGGAAAAAAGCCCAGGAAACUUGUUUAUGCUGACUUGAUUCUGUUUAUUUUUCAUAGGAUAACUGAAAUAACAUGCCAAGAGGCAGUUUUUUUAAGAUUACACUUUCUUCCACCAAUUCAUUUUGCACCAUCUUGUCCCUUUUCUCUUAGCAGAUGCUCAGUCACUGUUUUGAAUACAUUUACCUCUAGCCACCAAGAUGGGCAAGUAGCUUUAACCAGUACAGAGAUCUGUGCCAUAGAGCAGGAAGACUACAACCAGUUGCUGUUGAAUAAGCUAGAAAAUGCCCAACCUUUGCUGCAUAAAGACUUUUAGGUACAUAACCUCGUGCAAGUUCAGAUUAUCACCCUGUAGCAGUGUGUUGAUUAUCAGUGUUGUUCCAGUGAAAUAACAGUGUAAAACCUGUUAGUAAAACCCCAAAAUUAUGUUUGUAUAAUUCUGAUUUGGUGGUAUGGCUGCCAGGUCAGAUUUUCUUUUUUGGUCAUAGCUCUGUAAAUCCAGAUUUUAAAUUCUGCUGGUAUAACACAAAGCACAUUCCAGGUCACAUUGUUUGUUCCAACCAGGUUGUACUUACCUCCCCUAAACUACCACUAAACUGCAGAACCUUUCUGUGGUGCACAUGUUGCACUUCUCUGGGCUUUUGCUUGAGUGGUUGCAGAUUUCAGUGAAGAUUUCAAUUUGGCAGAGUUUUACAUAAGGAUUAUUACUUUAUAAGCAGUAUUUGUAACAAAUAGGAAAAAGUUCAACCAUUUUAAGAUGCCAUUGAGUUUAUUUGCUCUUCAUUUUGCAGAGACCUCUUGGGUGGGAAAUUCAUCCUCUUCUUUCUGUGCAGAUCUGAAACGAAUCACUGUAUAGGGGUGCUCAGGUGGGGUGAGGAGGGCAGAAUCUAUCUUGACCUCAAAUCUUACUUCUGAAGCAGACUGUGGGACUUGACUGCAUCCUCUUGGGGAUAUAGUCUUGGGGCUGGAAGAGUUGUUGCAGAUCCUUUUUGUGAAAAAAGGAUAAUUAGGCAGACCCUUAAUCAUAUUGAUAGUAGCUCUUGUCUGUGUAUUGUCUUGGAAUGAAGAGAAAUUUUGUGUAGCUUUCCUUCCCUGAGUAUGAAGAACUUGGGAUGGUUAUAUGCAUUUCAGCCUAGGGACAUUUUUACUCUUUACAGAUCUCUUAAGCCUCUAAUACUGCUAAUUCUUUAUGGCUUGACUUCUCCAUCCUUUCCCUCCCUUUUCACCCCGUGCAAGUGGUGAAUUAGUGAAUAAUUUAAAGCAUUUUUCUACAAAAAUUGACCAGUUAUAUACUUAGAAAAACACAGUGUGCUAUAAGUCAAGCAGCUAUGUUUCUGGGAAUAUUUUAAAUAUAAACUAUAUACUUAAAAUGUUUCCAUUUAAAAACCAACAAACACCUAAACCCCUAGUUUUUUUGUUUGUUUGUUUUACCUCUUCUUGCCUCCCAUGUGUCUUGUAAGAGCAGCAAUAUCUCAGGUAAACACAAAGCUCAAAACUUCUCUCUCUCACACACAUUCCUGCUGUUGAAGUCACAGUUGAGGUUGACCACAGUUAUAACCACUAAGUCACUAUGCAGCUCAGGUCAGCAAUAACCAAAUGUGCAUUACCUUCUGGCAGUCAUUUGUUUAGGGUUUUUUUUCCAACCUGUGCAGAGGAGCUGAAUGACUCGAGUGCUGGGGCAGGACCUCAUCCCUUGCCUUCCUCUUGCUCUCUCCAGUGAGUUCCUGGCCAUGAUCCUUUGUUUGAAUUCAGCUGUUGGUGCAGGCAAUCCUGGUGCUCAGCAGUCUGAGAACUGAUAGUAAUUGCACCCCAGUGACAAAAAUAUUAUCCCAUUGCAGACAUGAGUGGCAAACAAACCACUGCCAGUACUGCCAGCAUUUCUUUUAAGAGUGUGCUUGAGAAAUGAACAGGUAUUAAUAGGUUGUCUGCUAUGAAUUUGUUUUCUCUGAAAAUUUUUUAAUGGGAGUAGUAACACUAUUGAAACAAAAAUACUGAAAGACUGAAUCAGGUUGUAGAAUCUCUGUCCUUGGGAGGAGGAUCCAGUGGGCAGGUCCCCAGGCAGUCUUGGCUCAUUGGACUCUUUUUGGGCAGGACCAGACAUCUCCAGAGAGUCCUUCUGAAGCACAUGGUCUGUAGCAGCUCCCCAAAAAGCAGACAAGUAAGUGCAAAAUGUGCUUGUUCAGAGGUGAAAAAUAGUAUCAGCAAAGAUAAAAUAGUUAUAAGUUGUCUGUUUUUUUUUUUAAUGUGAGAGAUGUAAUGCAAUAAUUAGAUUUGCUUAGUUUUGGAAAUUCCUGGUCCAGUGGCUGAACUGUAUGUCCACUCCACCUCUUCUGGCACCCAGGAAAUGGAGUUCAGUCAAUCCUUAAUAGGGAAGUCUUGAAAAUGGGUGGAUUUAUCCCUGCCUUAUAUGAGUUUGGCAUUCGAGUAGCACUAUGCAAUCUUAACACUCUCAGUUUUUAUAUAUGCACUGAUGUGUGGAGUGAGAUCUUGAUUUACUACAGCUCUUUAUUUUGGCUUGACUUGGGUUAGAAUAUUUCAGUAAUUCUUGCUGAAUUCCAGUCACCUUCUGUGUUGCAGAAACUUUGUCAUACUAAUUUCCUUUCUUCUGUGUCUGUCAGGUUUGAGGAAGGCUGUUGUGUCUUACUCUGCUGAAACAGGCAUGGAAAAUUUUACAGGAAGUUUUUAUGCUUAAAAAUAGAAAUCCAUAAUAUUUUUGAUCUUCAUCCAGGCCUCCAGGCAGUGUUGCCUGACUGUAAAAUCCAAAAGGUUGUGAAGAUUUAGCUUUAAUUCUGACUCUUCUGCAGCCCUUAUCUAUUUUUAACGUGUUCAGAUGUUAGUAAUCAAUCAAAAAAGAAUAUUUUCAUAAGGAUUUGAAAUUUAAACUUUUGAAGGGUAGGUGUAGGGGGUUAAGUUUUCGUGUGCCCAGUUUACUUUCUGGAAAGGCUGAGGCUUGUAAUCAAGUUCAGAUCCUUGUGAAGCUUUUCCCUAUGGUUUACCAUGUGCGUGCACAAGGGCUUUCUGGUCAAUAAAGGGGGUGACCUGGAGAGCUUCACACACUGCUGCCCAUGCAGUAGGUUCCUCAGAUCCUGUUUGUCUCACCUCUGGAAACCACAGUUUCUCUCAUGCCAGCAAAUCUCUAAAAUAUAACUGAGAGCAAGAAUAAGAGCAAGGUCUGUGUUAACAUCCCCCCCCCCCCCCCCAGCCAAUUCGCUCCAGGCUUUUUCAUGCUCAUGCAGAUUGGUUUUUUUUUGAGGAAGAAUGUUGAUAUUCUGAGGGGAGAACAGGAUGGUUCUACAAGUCACACUUAGACAAGACUACAUGUACUAGAAAUGCAGGACUGGGACCUCUGGGGAUGUAGAUGGACUGACUUUCCUCUUGAGUCCAGUAAGCAUCUCUGGUGGCAUAGGUAACCCAUAAGGGACUUUUUUUUUUUUUUUAUUUUAGAUCAUUUACAGAUGAAAUAAAUAUAAAAAAGUUCUCAGUAUUUUUCACAUUCAAUACCAGUGUAAUAAAGUCACUUUUUUUCCUAUAUUUUAGUACUCCUCUCCCACAGUAGCAUCUCUUCUUCUCUUGCCUGUGUGGCUUUUUCAGUUUCUAAUGCAGGACAGUUCAUGUUUUUACUCUUACAUCACAUUUGGUAACAUGCUUUGUGAUGCAUCCAUGCAGUCCUUUCUAAGGAAAACUUCAAGUAGAAGGUAAUUGCACUGAUUGUUUUUUAAACUCCCUUUUUACUGUAAGGCUUCUUUUUUGCAUCUGCUGUAGCUGUUUGAAAAUACUGUAAAUAGUGCUAUGUAUAACAAAUACUGAAAUGCUGUGGAUGCCAUUCCUCGUUCUCCUCGUUCUCACAUUUUUAGGAAUACUGCCAUAUUUUACAGUAUUGAGACAAUGAGCUUUGGUUUUAAAUGUUGUAGGACUUCCUGUUUGCAUUAUGGUAUGGAUUGAAGGGCUGCACAGUUGCUUUAUAACAGUGGAAAUGUUUUGUGUUUGUCUGAAUUUAUAAAAUAUUUCUUCCUUCUCUAUGCACGUUUCUCCUUAAAGAUAAAAAGACAGUUUUUUUGUUUUUUUUUUUAGCUACCACUGUGCAAAGUUCAAAUGCCAGUCUUGGAUAUCACUGUUAGGUGACUGAUAGCAUUGACAUCAUGUCUGGACUCCCAGCUGUAGCUGUCACACCUUUUCCUUGCAUCAUUUGGCAUCUGGUUCUUGUGUCAUAUGAGGAAGAACUGGUCUGUGUGGCAGAAUUAGUGGGAUAAUAGGGAUCUGGGAUCCAAGUUACAGUGUCCUUGCUCUCUGCCCCUCCGUGGGUGUGGGAUUGAGUGCAGUGGAUGUUUCAGUGCUCUGAACUAAAGAAAUAGUGUUGCCUCUGACUGCCCGUGUGAGAACACCAUCCAUCUCCUAGCCAUGAGUUAUUUAUUGCCUUUUAGUUCUGUAAACAGGAGAGACCCAAACUCCAGCCCUUGUUGUCUAGCAUUAGGAUGUGAAAUAGCAAGUUUUGCCUUUUGUCUCUUGAGGGUUUAUGACUGGAAAGAUUCAUUCCUGUGAGAUGGUUUUAAUACUGAGGGUAUGGGUUUGGGGGUUUGUCUGUGUGUGUGUUUGGUGUGGCACGUAAUCCAUUUUAUCUCAUUUAGUGUUUCACUUGCUUUUUCUGUGUUGUUUCUUUACCUGAAGUGUUAAUAUGAAUGUAAUGGCUUGGCCAAAUCACUACAAAAGGUGGUUUUGUAAUACUCUUUAAAGUUAGUAAGCAGAUGCAGUUCAAGGCUACCUCCUGUACUCCUCCGCAGAUUAAUUUAAUUUUUUUUAAGUGAACCUACUACUAAACAGCCAAAAUGCUCCCAGAUGAACUGUACUUUGUUUCAUUUGUUGCUGGAGAACUAGCAGUGCCAUACUGUGAUCUGGGAUGCCUGCUUGUCACUCCUUCUGUCUUCCUCAAGUGUUGGUGUGGCUGGUGUUGGUGCAAGGUCUCAUGAAGGCAUCAGAAAUGCCACAUCUGGGACCUUUGCUUGUGUGCAGGGUUUCUCAGUAGCAGUGACUCCUUCUGUAACCUCUCCCUUCACUUGCUGAAUUUCUAUACUGUUGUUUCCAAUGAAAAAUGUUUCCAGAUGUGAGCAAUUGGCUGAGAAAUGUCCUGCUGUCACUGGGAGUGACAUGAAGGUGCUUCAAAUAUAUUUUGAGAGGCAAGAAGUAUGUAUUGGAUUAUUUUUAUUAACAUAUUUUUAGAGACGUUGACAUAAGACUGUUAACAGUGAAAAUAUUAGAUUUCAUGCUCAGAUGUCAUAAAAUUGGUCAAAAAAAGCAUCAGUCUAGAACACAAUACCAAAAAACCAGCUCUAACCUUGACUGUGUUCAUAUUGUGAACAUUUAAUGUCAGUUAUAUGCAAAGCCUUGGCCAUAACUCAGCCUUGAGACAGGUGCAUGCAGAUUAAAGGUGCUUUAAAUGACCCAAAAUGAAACUGUAGAAAACUGUGUUAAUGCAUCAUGCUUUGUUUACAAUGAAUCUGAACAAGCUUCUUCAUUUUACAAUUAACCACUCUGCGGACAGAAAUGCUGCCUGUUUGAGCACAGCACACCUCUGUGUGCUUUCAUUAGCAGUGUUAAAGGUUUUUUUACAUUUUAUUUAGAAGUGACUGCUUUAUGCUGCAGAUGUUGGCAUCUCAGAAGCAAAUAAACUGGGGUUACAGGCUACCUGCAAUUUCAUCAUCUGAAUCUUUGGACCACAGACACUAAUGAAGCUUAUUGGUGAGAGGGAGGAUUGCUCAAGUUCUGACUUUUUGGAAGCCAUUUCUUGUUGAGCAACAGUGAGUGACUGAGUAACUAAGCUGAACAGUGACUGAACGGGGUAAAAUCCCCAAGAUUUUGUUCAGUUCUCAGAAUUUAACAAAGCUUCCCCCAAAAGCAUGAAAGGUGGGGUUCUGCUUAGGGUAAAUGGCUGCUUUUGAGAAAGAAAUUUCACUACAUCUGGUUCAGGGAUCCAUAGACACUACUGGCAUUGCCAUGGCCUGGAAGGGUUUCAGUGUGCAGGUGUGCUGAGGGCUCUGUGACUGGAUCCUGGUGAAAUGCCAAAGUCAUGCUGAGUGCUUUCUAGGUGAGCUCUACAAACCCAAAGGAGCAUCAGGAAACUCAAGUGAGGAACAAGCCCUGUGCCAGGUGCUUGUCAUGGCUUUGUGGAAGAGAAAUGCCAUCUGUGUUAUGCUGGCUACCCUGUCCCUCAUGGAGGUGAGGGGAUGUUGCAAAAGUGCUAAUGAAGCACUUGUUAAGGUGACAGUUCAAUAAUUCUCUCUUGGUUUCCCUUCUCUGUGAGGGGCCUCUGAGCAGCCAGAGCUCUGGCAGAGUUUCCUGACUCUGCACACACCCAGCAGCUCCUUCCCAAAAAGGGGAAUGUUGGUAGGGUUCUGGUUUCAGCCUUUUUGAACUUGGUUGGAGCAAGGAUAGAUCUGAUGAAUUUGGAGGUGUGAGAGGCAGUCUGGGGAGUUUUCAAUGUGGCAGCAGCAGGAAAGCAGAGCCAGAGCACAAGCUGGAGGCUGGCUACUGCCUCCUGUCUAAAUACCCUCAAAAGAUGAACUCUUUUUUAUUUGUCCAUGCACUGCCUCAACAGAUGCAUCUUAAAACUACCUGUGACUGCUCUUCAACCAGCCAACCUACUUGUGUUGUUUUGAAGAGCUUAUUAUUUGCAUAAAAAUUUGUAUUAAAGGGCAUAUUCAUUUCUGUUUGGUUCUUAGGAGUGCACAGGUUUGAGUUUUGGGGUUUUCGUCCCCCAUCUUUUGGAUGUGCUGUUUUACCAGAGUGCUUUAGCUGUGUUAUUUUUUUCCCCUCUUCUUAAGCAUGACUGAAACACCUGCUAGAAUAAGUACUGCCUAAGUAUCAACAGGACUUACAGAUAUGACUGACGUGGGAGCAAGCCUAGGAAUUGUCCCUGAAAUAUAAAUAUUAAAAUUUCUGUCCAUUUUAUGGUGGUUUGAAUGUGCUUGGCAAGCAUGAAUUGUGAAAAGGUCAGCAAGCAAGCUUGGGAGUUACUAAUCCACAGCCUGGUGCUUUUUGUAUUUGGAUUUUUAGAUUAGACUUCCUGUCAGAAGAAAACCCCAAAUAUCUUAUGGGAACUCUGUUUUGUGUUUGUUAGCUUUUCCUGUUUGAAAACUCUAUGAAUAGAUGAAUCUUGACUCAUGCCAGUAUCCAUAAAAUUGCACAUUUUUGCUUGCCAUGUACUUGACUCAAAGCAGAUCUGGUCUGUGCUUUAUGGGCUCAGCUACUUGAUUAUGGGUAGGAUCAAAGCAAUUCUGCAUCAACCAAAAUUCAGCCUAAACUGGUAGAGUCUUAGAUGCCAGUCCUCCUGUGCUCUAAAAAAAUCAGGUGUACUGACCCUAAUUUUGUUGUUCCUGGUGUUUUUUCAUGGAAUUUAAUAGGACCAACCCCUUAAAUCACUCGUCUGACUUACAAGUGACGUUGUAAUUUCAUUUUAAAGUAAAUAAUUUGUCUCUAAUUGUCUGGCCAACUUGAAUCUGUAACUGAUCUGCAGUUGUCUGUCAGUGUUGAAUCCCCAGUGUUUCUCCCAGCAAGAGAUUGUUGCAUUUUUCCAGUUCUUUUCCAAUUAUUUUACUAGUUGCACCUGGUUUGGGGCAGUAGAAAUCAAUAGAGUACCUGCAGAGAGAAGGGUUAGAUAAUAUGUGCUUUUCCUCAGCAAAUCUUCCUGAAGGACCAGUAGACCAUUUGGGAAAGCAAGGCAUUUGUUCAGGAGAGGAAGAAAAGAAAGAAAAGGAGAAAAAAAAAUUGAAAGAAACCCCAGACCUAAAACAAACAAACAAACCCAUGAAGGAGUAAGUUUCAGAGUGAUGUGUCUUGGAAAAUUAAAUUUUAAAUGAGGUGCAAUGAGGGAGUAUAUCUGGCAAAGUUCUGUGCUACCCUGAAGAGUGUUACCACUUGUUUUCUGUAAUCUGUUGAUAAAGCUUAGUAGAUUUUAUAUCUAUAUAUAUCCAGAUAUGUAUGCAUAUAUGUGUGUAUAGAUAUGUGUGCAUGUGUAUACACACACACCUUAGUGAAAGGAAAGCAGGGCUGUUUAUAAAAGAUGCAAAGCCAGUAUUUUGCUGGAAAUAAUAAGCACAAUUUCACUGGCUUUCACAGUACUCUGUUAGUUUGUACAAUCCCAAAAAUCUCAAAAUUCAGAGCAGUUCAUAAGUAAAGAUCCAGUCCCAGAUUUCUGUGCAGCAAAGUGGUUAACUCGAUUUCAGGAGAAUGAGAUGGAAAACAGAAUGUAUUGAUUAAAUUCAUAUUAAUUUUUUGUGCUUGGUACUUUGCAUAGUUAACUGACAUCUGUUAAGGUUUUAAUCUUGUUUAAUAAUUUUCAAUAUUUUUUUAAAUUUUUUUUUAAAUAGCUGCAAAAGAACCAAAACUAAUUCAGAAAAUUCAUAUUGUAAAUGUUCCCUAGCAUCAAAAUGUUUUUAUGACCAGUUAAAGUUUGCUAUAUUUUUGAAAGAAAGAAAAAAAAAAGAUACAAUGUUAAGGGCCUCAUUUCAAGUGGUACUAAAUGUAUGUUGAGUCGUCUGUGUGUGUGUUGCAUCUGUAUUAAAAUGUCUUGUGCUUGCAGUAUAUAACUGAUGUAGUGCUGGUUGGGUAAGAGUAGCACACAAAAGAAAAUACCCGUGACUGAAUAUUAAAUGCCUCAGUGGCACUGUAGGCUUUACUACAUAGGUUGUGUUAAAUCUUUAUGUUGAAAUGGUGAGGUUUCAUGUAGGGUUGUGUAGUUUGAACACUUUGUAUGCAUCUUGAUUCUGUAGGUGACACUUUGCAUGAUGCUCUGUGGCGACGCCACUUUAAAUUAAGCCUUAACAAAUUGCUAAAUUUGUCAGAUUUUUUUUUUUUUUUUUCCUCAGAGUAUGCAAAAAUACUGUUUAAAGACAGUAGGAUGUUCCUAUAAAGCUAAACUAGUAGAAAAGGAAGUCUUCUUACCUAAGAAAGGGAAACUUGUAGAUCUCUAUACUGUGACUGUGUUAGGCACUGGCUGUCACUGUUGCUCUACAGAAUCCGGGCUCUCAGAGGUUCCUCUGGCAGUCCCAUCAAAACAGGCAUCUCAGAUCUUUCAGCUUUUCUUUUUGUUGUCGUUGAACAUAUUCUCCUCCCUCCCCCUGCUAGGAAAUCUCUGCCUGAAGGAGGAUUGUGAGUUAACACUUCAAUCUACAUAGAACAAAAAGCUGUUCUUGAGUUCUGUGCUGGCUUCAGAUAGUGCCAUCCUUUUCCACUUCUCACGACUGACAUUAUAGUCCUUAAAACAUUUUACAUAGAGGCAAAUCAACUGUUGGGGACCCAGCUUUCUGUUUUGUUUUUAUUUUUGGUUUUGUUUUUUUUCUCUUCAAUUUGGAUCUACCUCAUGUGAACAGUUGGGUGCUAUUGACUCAAAUUGUUGAUGAGAUUGGCAAAAGUGACCAAACUGCAUGUGCUGAGUGACCUCUUUUGGAGGCAGCACUCUGUGAACCAAAACCUCGGGGUUUAUUGUUCAGAGACAACAACAUUGUAUUUGAGUUUUAUUCUUUGUGCCUUUGUGUUUUUUUUCCCAGUGCAUAACAAUCAAAAAGUCAUUCUUAAUUAAAAGCAGCGACUGAAUUUUAACCACAAAUUAUUUAAAAAAAAAAAAAAGCAACAC